AGCCCUGCACAUGAUGCUCACUACAAAGACUCUUCUGCUAUCACUCUGUACAAAGGGCAAUUACACUGUUUUUAUCUAAUCUCUACUAAUACUCUACGCUGGGCUCCACUCUAACAAUUCGCGACACUGCAGAGAGCAUUCACAUCUCGCGCACGGUUCGAAGUGCGCUCCUAACUUCGUGUCUUCAUCAGCUGAGAGAGAAUGUCCGUUCAGCGCGCCUUGUUUCUCCAGAAGCGGGUGCUUGUGGUUGCGUACUCUCACUUCUUCAGAGGUUACUGCUUCUACGCGAAGCAGCCUUACAGACAGAAACCUGUGACACUGAGCCAGCAAUCCGUGCUUUUACCGGGUCUGGAACGCAUCCGGUCUUCAGUGCUUUUGGAAGACCCCAACAAAUUGGUGGCAGAAAUUCCCGGAUCACCGGAAGUCCAUACUGUCUACGAUUGCCUGCGCCAUGGAGAAAAGGUUUCCAACAACGGACCUUGCGUCGGCUCCAAGAACCCUGCCAGCGGUGAAUAUGAAUGGUUGAGUUAUUCAGAGGUAAUUUCAAGAACUCAAGCGAUAGGAUCUGGAUUGAUACACCUGGGUUUAAAACCUCAAAAUGACAGUUUCGUCGGAAUAUUUGCUGUUAACCAACAAGAAUUCUUGCUCACCCUGUAUGGCUGCUCUGCUUAUUCCAUGGUCGUCGUGCCUCUCUACCUCACUCUGGGGCUUCAGUCGGUGCUGUACAUCAUAAACCAAGCCCGUCUGUCGGUGGUGAUUGCGGACAGCGAGGAGAACGCCCUGAAGGUCCUGCGGAACGUCGGGGAUCUGCCGUCUCUGAAGUCGCUGGUGAUAGUGGACCCCGUCACUCCCCAGAUCCAGACGCUUGCCAAGGAAAGAAAUAUUCGUCUUUUGCAGUUCUCUGCGCUUGUCGAACUUGGACGAAAUUCCCCUCAGGAUUUAGUGCUUCCAAAAUCAGAUGAUCUUUUCUGCAUUCCUUACACAAGUGGAACAACAGGCAUGCCCAAAGGAGUGAUGCUGACACAUCGAAGCAUGAUAGCAUGCGUUGCAUCUUUAGUUAUAGGAUAUGGUGAAGCUGGUGUAUUCGGUGGGACUAUUAUGUCAUAUCUUCCUCCUGCACAUAUUUACGAAAUAUGUAAUGAGGUGGCGAGUCUCUACUUUGCUCGUAGCAUCGCCUUCUACAGCGGCGACGUGAAGAAACUGAUGGACGAAGUGAGAAUUCUCAAGCCCAACAUUCUUCCCCUAGUGCCCAGGAUCAUGAACGCACUCUACACCCGGGUAAAAGAAAGUGUGGAAGAGAGUGCAUUCAAAUCUUUCUUACUGCGAACAGCUUUAUCCCGCAAACAAAAGUUACUGAAAAGAGGAAAAGUGACGAAUCAAUCCAUCUGGGAUAAGCUGGUGUUGAAAAAAUUCCAAGAAGCUCUGGGUGGGAAUGUCCACAUGAUCAUCACGACAUCUGCUCCCAUCUCCCCGGAAAUCAUGUUUUUCUUCAGAUGCGGCUCUGGCGCUUACGUGUUUGAGGCUUAUGGUCAAACAGAGACUCUAGCUUCUUCUAUGACUUUACCUUUGGAGUACGAAGGAGGAAACACAGGUGGUCCUCUUCCUUGUAAUUUUAUCAAGUUAAAAGAUGUACCAGAAAUGGGAUACUUCUCAAAAGAUGAUUUUGGUGAAGUGUGUAUGAAAGGUCCAACUGUAUUCAUAGGAUACUUCAAGAAUGAAAAAGCUACACAAGAGAGUCUUAUAGACGGAUGGCAGCACUCAGGGGACAUCGGCAGAUGGUUACCGAAUGGUGCAUUGAAAAUUGUCGAUCGAAAAAAGCAUCUGUUUAAACUGUCUCAGGGAGAAUACAUUGCACCGGAGAAAAUUGAGACGGUCUAUAGCCAGUCCAAACUGGUUGCACAAAUAUUCGUUGACGGACACUCGGAUCAGAAUUACGUCAUUGCCUUAGUGCUUCCCGAACCCUCAGCUUUGAAAGACUGGUUGAGGUCUAAAGGAUACAAGGAAGUGGAAGACAUCAAUCAGCUUUUAUUGAAGAAAGAAGUGAGAAAAAGUUUCUUAGUGGAGUUGCGGAAAAUCGGAGAUGAGAAAGAACUCAAUCAUUUAGAACAGGCCAAAAAUCUUGCCUUUCUGUCGGAACCUCUGUCUGUGGAGAAUGAUUUGAUGUCUCCGACGCUGAAAGUGCGCCGCGGACACGCCAGGAAGCACUUUGAAAGCCUCUUCGAUUCUCUAUAUAAAGAAGGACCACUUGUAUGAUGAAUUGUUACAUAGAUUUUGUGCACAAGAAAUAUUCGAAUACAUUCCAAAUCUUUAAUAUGCCUCAUCCGAGAUUCAGAUAUCUUGUUUUAUUGACUUUUUUUUUUAUUUUACUAAGUGUUUUUAAAUAAAUUUAUAUAUGUUUUCAAAAUUCUA